AUGUCUUGUCACUACACCCACAUUGCUGCGAAGUAUGGAGGAUUUCCAAUUGUGCUUGCUGUCGGACCAACUGAGACUGGCAAGUCAACUGCUCUAAAGGCUGCCCUGAGUAUUUUUGGGAUGGCCAAAGAUGCCUUUUACGUUGAAGGUUCCAAUGCUUAUUUUAUGGAAAGAAGUGCCCUCUCGUGUAUGCCAUAUGGUAUUGAUGAGGCCACUGCACACAGCAAGCAGUUGGAUGUUGUCAAGCUCAUUGUCGACCUUCAUGGAGCGGCUAAAACAGCCAAUUUGCGUCGUGGUGCGUUUCUUCCACUGUCUGUACCUGUCAUAGCAACCAAUGACAAAUUGAAGGAUGAUCCAAGAGUGAAGAGCAGAUGUGUGGAAAUUUCCUUCCGAAGGCCAAAAGUUGGUCCCUCUACCGUUGAGGAAAGAAAGUCGAGACGUGACUUAGAGAGUUCAAUCAUUAACGGAACGCCUUCUGGCAUUCUUCACUGGGUGAUUUCUCUAAGACAAGACCUCGAAAGAGAUGGAGAGGCAGAGGUGGAGAGGAUUUUGCAGCAGAUCCUUCAGCUGCCUCAGUUUAGUGAACAACCCAGACUAGCGCAAAGCUGGGCUCUUAUUCUUUACUUUACAUUCAAGAUGGUACGCGCCUGUGGGAAGGAUGAGCUGGAGAAUGAAAUAAUGGCGUGUGUAACUCUAAAUAGCACUGCAACUGAGGAAGGUACUGACAAAACUAGUUCUCUUGAAAGUGUUGUGACUGACACAGUCAGGGAAGUGCUUGAGUACUGCAAUGGAAAAGUCAUAAGACAGGUACUCACCUUUGUCAGAACAAGGUUGAUGGUAAGCAACCAAGAAGUUGUGGCAAUCCAUCUUUCUCACAACGGGCUGAAAUUUACUCAUUCCCUUGAUGAAAUUAGAAAUGCUGUCGACCAACUGGAGUGGGGGAAAGGCACGGACAGCAAAGAUUUCCUGAAUCCUACCAAACAUAGUGGGACGUUAAUAAAUAGGAAAACAAGUGAUCGCGUAAGAGCUGCCAACAUCUUUCUUAACAAACUUCCUAAAAAUCUUCACGAUGUACUUAGAAGGGUGACCGACCCUGAGACUCCAUUGGCUGAAGUAAUUAAGUGUGGGCUGGAAGUGGCUGAAAAAACUCCAUGCAGUGAGGAAGAGGAAAACAGUGGGCCAGGCUUAACUACUGAAACAGAAGCUGUCGAUGGGGACAAGAAACAUGCUACUGUAACAACAUCACUGACUGAAACAGACGGUACAUCUACUGAUGGAUCUGUCGAUGAUGGGGACAAGAAACGUGCUACAAGAUCCUCGACUAUUGUGCCUCCUUUUUCCAAAAGACUUUGCAAGGGGAACAAUAUUUACUAACAAUACUGGUUGAAUAUUAUUCAGUGCGCUAAAUUAUAUAUAAGUGCACGAAAUGUGUUGUUUUGUUAUAAUCAAUCUGUUGUCGUUACGUUCUACCAUGCAUGCAUUGAAUUGACAAAUUUAAUUAUAAGACUAACUCGACUCAGCAGACUCG